GUAGCGGCUGCGCUGGUGGAGGAGCUGACGCAGCUGCUGUGCAGCAGGAAGCAGAUGUCCCGGGCAGCUCUGCACCUCCUGCUGGUCCCCCAUCUCCGUGGCCUGUCUCUGGGAGCGUGUCCCGGUCUGGUCACCCCCGCUCUCUGUGCCCACAUCACUGCACGUUGCCAGGGUCUGUGGAGUCUGUACCUGUCUGGAGCCCAGCAGCUGUCCUCCAAGCUGCUGUCCGAAACGCUCUGCUGUCUCCCCGCCCUGCGCUCGCUCUCCCUCGCCGCUACACCGUGUGACACAUGUGUAAUCAGAACGAUCGCCCAGCGCUGUCGUUUGCUGCGCCAUCUGGACAUAUCACGGUGUCACUUCCUGUCCCCUGCUGCGCUGCUUCCUCUCGGAGGCGGGGCUUCCUUUCCCUUCUCUGGCGGUCCGUCUGCGUCUUCUCCCGGUUCGGCGCCGCCGCCUGCUCUGCCCCUCUGCAGCCUGCUGGCUCUGGAUAUCGGGUUUGGGAAAGAAGAGGGGGACGCUGCGGCGGCGGCGGCCUACCUCCUCCUCACCCUGCCCUGCCUGGAGACCCUGGACCUGGACGGCCUGGCGGAGGCCUGCUGUCUCAUCCAGCACGGACGGUUCGGACUCACGGACGAGUUCAGCGACAGGGAAGGAGUUCCCCGGCUGGGGGAGGUGUGGAGGGAGUGGAAGCACAGGCAGCGCUCGGACAGAUCGAGGGAAGAGAGAGAAGAAGCACGGGCAGAAGAUGAGGAUGAAGAAGAAGAGGAGGAGGAGGAGAGGAUACUGUUGAAUGGGUAUGGCCGUGAGAGUAGAGAUGAAGGGCCAAGGGACCAAGCGGAGGAAGACCUGCAAGACCGGGUUUCGUCAGGUGAUGACCGCCUGAUCCUGCGCCUGAAGGACGUCAAGGGCGUAUCAUGUGAGUCUCUGGACAGCUUAAGUCGUGCAUGUCCAAACAUUCGCUCUGUGUGUGUGGACGUUGAGGAAGAUGUGGACACCAGAGGACGGAGCCAGGGCUCCCUGUUGGCCUCUGGCCUCCGGGCGUGGGCCGGCCAGCUGCAGCGUCUCUCCGUGCGCUUCCCCGGCCCGCUGCCGGAUCUACUUCCUGCCUUGGACGUCGCAGGCUCCUCUUUGGUGUCCCUCACGCUGCAGGGGGUGAAAACCAGCCGUCGCACGCCUCUCCUGGAGGCCAUCAAGGCGUGUCCCAGACUCAGAGACCUGCUCAUCUCCGCCGAGCCUCCCACCGGACCACAGGACGAAGAAGACGAGGACGACCAGCGGGACGAGGUCCGGGAUCUUCCUCAGCUGCCUCACCUCUGCUCUCUCACACUCAGUUUCUCCUACGAGCACGGCCAAAUGAAGCCUGUGAUGUCCUGGAUGUCCCUGAAGAGGGCGCUCGGGUGUCUCCUGACUGGUUCUCCUCUCCUGGAGAAGCUGUCUCUGGUCUCCCUGCCCUGCCCUCUGGACUGCGUCUUCAGCGACGUACUGGGCAGGUUGGACCUGGACCUGGACCUGGAUGCAGACUCCACAGACUCGCCUCGCGUGCCGCUCGCACGGCUGCGACACGUCGAGCUGCCGCGGACGGAUGUUACCAUGGUUACGGUGAAAAGGAUGAUGCAGCGGAGCAAGAGACUCAAAUACGUGGAUGUGAAUCACUGCUGGCAAAUCAGCCUGCAGGAGUGGUCGGACUGCAAGAAGAUCAGGAAAGUCCAAGUCGUCUGGUCUUAGGGAAGAGACAUUCAUUCAUUACGUCAUUCAUUCAUUCAUUCAUUCAUUCAUUCAUAUUUAUAAUACAGGAAAGUUAAAAGUUAUUACAUUACAUUACAAUAUAAACGGUCCUGACUCAGGUUGCUGUUCUGCAGAAACAUUAAACAUUGACAGCAACUUAAAACAGGAGAAAGUGGAUUUCCAACCCUUUGAAAUGUAAAUUAGGUUUUUAUUUUUAUUACAUAAUUAGAAAAUGGAAGAUACGUAUGUG